AGACUCCGCCCCCGCGAGAAAGGCCGCAUUGAAAGACUGCAAAAGACGGGACCCGCGUGCCGGGCAGUGCAGCGCGGCGGACACACGGGACAGCCGGGGUGACGCUGGGGACAUGAGAUCUGCGAGCUGGUUACUGCGCUGGGUCGUCGCCCUGCUCCUCGCCGCGGCGGGGGCUGCAGCCAAAGGCAAGUGUGAUAGGAAGGAAUUUCAGUGCCGAGACGGAAAAUGCAUCUCCUAUAAGUGGGUUUGCGAUGGCAGUCCUGAGUGCCCGGACGGUUCCGACGAGUCCCCAGACACCUGCCUGUCCAUCACCUGCAGCGCUGGGGACUUCAGCUGCGGCGGGCAGGUCAACCGUUGCAUCCCGCAGUCCUGGAGGUGUGACGGGCAGCAGGACUGCAAGAACGGCUCGGACGAGGAUGACUGCGCCCCCAAGACGUGCUCGCCGCAGGAGUUCCGCUGCGGAGACGGCCAGUGCGUGGCCCCAGAGUUCGUCUGCGACUCGGACACCGACUGCCAGGACGGCUCGGACGAGGUGGGCUGCCCGGUGAUCACGUGCGAGCCGGGUCACUUCCGCUGCAGCAGCGGCUCAUGCAUCCCGCAGCUGUGGGCGUGCGACGGCGACCCGGACUGUGACGACGAGUCGGACGAGUGGCCGCAGCGCUGCGGGGGCCGCGACCCCCUGGCCGAGCGCCGCGCCCAGCGCCACUGCUCUACACACGAGUUCCACUGCCGCAGCGGCGAGUGCAUCCACGCCAGCUGGCGCUGUGACCGCAGCGCCGACUGCAAGGACAAGUCCGACGAGGACGACUGCGCCAUCACCACGUGUCGCCCGGACGAGUUCCAGUGCUCGGAUGGCAGCUGCAUUCACGGCAGCGGCCAGUGCAAUGGGGAAGUGGACUGUAAUGACGGCAGUGACGAGCGUGGCUGCAUCAACGUGACCCUCUGUGAGGGACCGCACAAAUUCCAGUGCCACAGCGGCGAGUGCAUCUCCAUGGACAAAGUAUGCGAUACGGUCAGGAACUGCCAGGAUUGGUCGGACGAACCCCUCAAGGAAUGCAAGACCAACGAGUGUGCCGACAACAACGGCGGCUGCUCCCACAUCUGCCAAGACCUCAAGAUCGGCUUCGAGUGUCUAUGUCCCCCCGGCUUCCGGCUGGCAGACCAGCACAGGUGUGAAGAUAUCGACGAGUGUCAGGAGGAGAAUAUCUGCAGCCAGUUAUGCGUGAACCUGGAGGGCAGCUUCAAGUGCGAGUGCAUGGACGGCUUCCGGCUGGACCCUCUCACUGGCACCUGCAAGGCCACCAGUGCCAUCGCCUACCUCUUUUUCACCAACCGCCACGAGGUGCGGAAGAUGGCUGUGGACCGGCAGGAGUACUCGAGCCUCAUUCCCAACCUGAAGAACGUGGUGGCGCUGGACGCUGACGUGGCCGCCAACCGCGUCUACUGGUCCGAUCUGUCACAGAAGAAGAUCUACAGCACCCAGAUCAGCGGCGCCCCCGGCUCCUCCCCGCACCUCACGGUCAUUGGCGACAACCUGCAGGCACCCGAUGGGCUGGCGGUGGACUGGAUCCACGGGAACCUCUACUGGACUGACUCCGGGCCCGGCACCGUGUCCGUGGCCGACACCAGCGGCGCCAAGAGGAAGACGCUGUUCGCUGAGAAAGGCUCCCGCCCGCGCGCCAUCGUGGUGGAUCCCGUCCACGGCUUCAUGUACUGGACUGACUGGGGGACCCCGGCCAAGAUUAAGAAGGGGGGUCUGAACGGAGUGGACAUUUACUCGCUGGUGACGGACAACAUUCAGUGGCCCAACGGCAUCACCCUGGAUCUUUCCAGCGGCCGCCUGUACUGGGUGGAUUCCAAGCUGCACUCCAUCUCCAGUAUCGAUGUCAACGGAGGGAACCGGAAGACCGUGCUGGAGGACAAGGCCAAGCUGGCGCACCCGUUCUCGCUGGCCAUCUAUGAGGAUAAAGUGUUCUGGACAGACAUCAUCAAUGAAGCCAUUUUCAGUGCCAACCGCCUCACGGGUGCCGACAUCCAUUUGGUGGCCAAAAACCUGCUGUCCCCAGAGGACAUUGUCCUUUUCCACAACUUGACCCAGCCCAUGGGGGUGAACUGGUGCGAGAAGACGGCUCUCCAGAAUGGUGGCUGCCAGUACCUGUGUCUCCCAGCCCCACAAAUCAACAUCCACUCCCCCAAGUUCACCUGCGCCUGUCCUGACGGCCUGGUGCUGGGCACUGACAGAAGGAGCUGCCAGCCAGAACCUGUGACAACAUCGGGAUCCCCUGCGACCAGCGCAACAGAGAGGACAUCAGAGCACACGGCCAGCCCACGACCCCGAUUCUUCCCAGAGCUUACCACAGUGGAGACGGUGACCUUGUCCCACCCAGUCCAGGGCGCCGGAGCUGGCACAGAGCACCAGGAGCAGCGGGCCGGCUCGCGGGCCCUCUACAUCAUCCUGCCCAUCGCGCUGAUCAUCCUGCUGGCCCUCGGCACUUUCCUCAUCUGGAGGAACUGGCGGCUGAAGAGCGUCAACAGCAUCAACUUCGACAACCCGGUGUACCAGAAGACCACGGAGGACGAGGUUUGCAUCUGCAGCGCCCAGGACGGCUACAGCUACCCCUCGAGACAGAUGGUCAGUCUGGAAGAGGACACGCCCUGAGCCACUGUGUCCGGCCUCCUGGGCGAGGAAGAGAAAGAUGAAGAAGAAGAAUUCCCCAGUGAUCCCUGGACCCCCGCCCCUCACUUCCUGAGACGCCCCCCUCCGCGGUCACCACUCAGGGCCUGCCCGCCAGGCUUUGUUUGCUUUAUUUAUUCAUCUGAGGCAGAGCUAGAGGCCCUGCGGAUGUGGGGUGCAGGUGAGGGGGGAAGGUUCAAUUUCUUUCUCUCCACAUGGAGGGAAAGAGGGUAUAAAGCUGGGGUAUCUUUGUGGCCAUGGGCCGGCGCUGCCACCCAUGGGAUCCCAGAUGCUGCCUGGGCCCCCCACUCUGGUGAACCCCACACUCAGGAGCCCCCCGCCUCUACCUCAGCCUUUAGGCUUUGCCUUGGCGAUUCCCCUGACCUUGGAGGAGUCGCACCGGGCCCCCACACUCAGGCUGUAUUGGAGGUGUCGGGAUGAAGGGAACUGAGACCAGGAGCUUGGUUCAGUCACCAAAACCCCCACUGACCCAGGGAAAGGGGGGCCCCGGCGCCCCAUGUUGAAAGUGCCUGAGACGUGGCACUGGCCUUGGCCUGCAGGCCGGUAUGGCCCCGCUCCCCCUCCCCUGCCCUGUUCCAGUUCAGGAUUGCCCACAUGCCGGGCUGAAUUUUAGGGUAUCCGGAGCACCUGGGGGCAGGAGCGGGGUUGGUGCCCUGCACGGAGGAUUGGUCUCGUGCCCCCACGGUUCCAACUAGCCCGAAGACGUUUCCAAGGGAAGGAGCCGUGGGAACAGCGUGGAGAGGGCUUGGUGUCACCAGGUCCCUGCACCCUGUCCCCGCCCAGGGUCGGGCCGAGGAUGCCGCGUUCCCCUGAAGCCUUGUACAUACACCCUUGUCGUUUGCACUUUGUAUAUUUGCUGGAACGAUUCUCACGUCUAAGAAAAGAAGAUCUAUUUAUUUUUGCCAAAC